UACACAUUACAGCAGUAGUGCCAGCGCUAGUAGUUCAGUUUAUCUUGAUUAUUAGUUCUAAUGGGCAUAUGGUGAAUCUUUGUUGUUACAUCACCAACUGUUUUUCGUAAAAAGAAAAUGAACAAUUGUGUGAAAUUAUUUUCGCUUACGAACAGGGCUCUCAAAGUUUCCCGACCAUGUUUAGUCGUCAGCAAGCGUUCAAAAGCCACUGUUGGAGACGGCUAUGUAUAUGUCAACAAAGAAGAGCCUUCAAUGGAUUUAAAAGAUAUGAAUGAUAGGGCUGCCCAAACUAUGUUUAUGACUGAACUGUUCAGAGGAAUGGCUGUGACUUUGGCCCACAUAUUCAAAGAGCCUGCUACCAUCAAUUAUCCAUUUGAAAAGGGGCCUCUUAGCCCUAGGUUCAGAGGCGAACACGCUUUGAGAAGGUAUCCAUCUGGGGAAGAAAGAUGUAUCGCUUGUAAGCUUUGCGAGGCUAUCUGUCCAGCACAGGCCAUCACAAUUGAAGCGGAGGAAAGAGCUGAUGGUUCUAGAAGAACUACUCGUUAUGAUAUUGAUAUGACAAAGUGUAUCUACUGUGGAUUUUGUCAGGAAGCAUGUCCGGUAGAUGCUAUAGUUGAAGGUCCAAACUUUGAGUACUCAACUGAAUCGCAUGAGGAAUUGUUGUAUAAUAAAGAGAAAUUAUUGAACAAUGGUGAUAAGUGGGAGUCUGAGAUAGCAGCAAAUAUUUAUUCAGAUCAUCUGUAUAGAUAGAUGAAAAUCCAAACAUGGUAGCACUACUAUCUUGAUUUAGUCUGAAAAUUUAAGCAGAAUUAUUAAAGCAAUGUUGCUUAUU